AUGCUUAUGCUCAAUCUUGGCGUUGCUUCACUCCUGGCAGGUAUAGUGGCGAGCGCACCGCCUCAUCAGAAUGUUCAGAGACAAGCUGCGACAACAUCAGCACCGUCGGCAACGAUUGACUCUGGCGUUGUCAUUGGCACCCAGACGUCCAUAGCUGGUGCACCAAGCCCAGUGGUCAAUCAGUACUUGGGAGUGCCAUUCGCAGCGUCCCCUACCAGAUUUGCUCCCGCUCAAAGUGCAACGCCAUGGUCGUCGGCAUAUAUGGCUACGCAGAGAGGCCCCGCUUGUAUCCAGCAAUUCAAUUAUCCGGAGUCAUCUCGAAAUUUCACUAUUGCGGCUUUCAACACCCCAGCUCCUCCUGAGUCAGAAGACUGUCUGAGUGUCAACAUCUUUGUGCCAGCAGGUGCUCAGAAUGGUGGCGGAUUGAAGCCGGUUAUGUUCUGGAUUUAUGGCGGCAGCUUGCAAUUUGGAUACAAUGGGCAAGCUGCAUAUGACGGAAGCAGUUUUGCGGCCAACCAAGACGUGAUCGUUGUGGCCACGAAUUAUCGAACAAAUGUGUUUGGCUUUCCAUCGGCCCCUUCUUUGCCUCUCACAGCACGAAAUCUUGGCUAUCUCGAUCAGCGAUUUUCCCUGAAAUGGGUUCAACGAAACAUACGUUCUUUUGGUGGUGACCCGAGUCGAGUCACCAUAUUUGGUGAAAGCGCUGGAUCGUUCUCUGUCGACUCUCUCGUCACGUCCUUCGGACCCUCUGCACCAGAUGGUCCACCUCCUUUCAAUGCAGCAAUUAUGCAAUCUGGUCAAUCCUCUGUCACGGCAAGACUAGGAGCUGAUUCUUCCAGCUGGACAAGGCUCAUCAGCCAACUAAACUGCACCACAAGUGAUGAUCUUGCAUGUGCCCGAGCAGCACCUGCAACGACGCUGAAGAGCAUUAUCGAAAGAGGUGCUAUCGCGUUUCGUCCAACUCUAGACAACUAUACGCAGCUGCAAUAUCCUGAGGCGGCACGUCGAGCUGGAAACAUCGCUCGAGUUCCCAUCAUGACAGGAACGAACGCUAACGAGGGCAUCCUCUUCACCUUUACGCAGAAUGAUACUGUAGCGUACUUGAGGUCCACCUUGCCAAGUAUAACAGAUGCUCAGAUUCAGGUUAUUCUUUCCGCAUACCCCAUUGGGCAAGCAGGAAUCAGUACCCAGACCGAUCAGAUAGCACGCAUAUAUACUGACGUCGGAUUCCAAUGUCCUUCUGCUAUUGUCGCGAACGACACAGCAUCAGCUAGGAUACCAGCCUGGCGAUAUUAUUACAACGCCACCUUUGCAAACAUUCAGCCGAUACCUGGAGUAAAUUUCGGGCCAUAUCACGCAUCAGAAAUACCGAUAGUGUUUGGCACAUACCCGACAUACAAUAGCCCUGCUAGGGGAUAUGCGACACAGACACAAGCCAGGCUGAGUGAGCUCAUGCAGAAUAUGUGGGCGACGUUCGCGAAGAAUCCAACUGGCGGGCCAGCACCUGGUUGGAAUGGUGUGAUCGGCGGGGGAUUGCAGGUUAUUGGCGGAUUGGGAGGGCUCGAUAGUCAAGGAAGACUGAGGUCAAGUGCGCCAGUGGCUGCUAUCGAUGGUGGUAGAUGUGAGAUCUGGAGAGCUGCUUAUGGUUUAACCUCAUAA